UCUCCCAAAGAACUAAAACACCACCACCACCACCACCAUGUCGGCCAAAGACUGCGGCCACCACGAUGAGGAACGUCACAAGCUACACCGCCGCCUAUUCGCCGCCUUAGUUGGCUUCAUAAUCCUAAUCCUCUUCAUCAUCCUUCUCAUUUUUCUAAUCCUUAGGCCAACAAAACCACAUUUCAUCCUCCAAGAUGCUACUAUAUAUUCCUUCAACAUUUCCUCACCUAAUCUCCUCACCACCAACUUCCAAAUCACCUUAGCCUCUCGUAACCCUAAUGACAAAAUAGGAAUUUACUAUGACAAACUUGAUGUCUAUGCAACUUACCGUGGCCAACAAAUUACUCUCCCUACACUUCUACCACAAUCAUAUCAAGGUCAUAAAGAUUUCACAAUAUGGUCACCUUUUGUGUAUGGUAACUCAGUCCCCGUCGCGCCGUACCUUAGUGAGAGUCUUAGUGAAGAUCAAAUGGCUGGAACUGUGUUGAUUAAUGUUAAAGUUGAUGGAAGAGUUAGAUGGAAAGUUGGAACAUUUGUCUCAGGGAAGUAUCAUUUGAAUGUCAAUUGUCCAGCUUAUGUUGGCGGUAAAAUGAUUGGAAACAGUAUUGCUGUUGGUUCAGCUAUGAAGUAUCAAUUGGUACAAAAUUGUCAUGUUGAUGUUUAAUUUGUGGAACUAACAAUGUCAUGGAUAUUGAUAUCUUAAGAAUGAUGCUCUCUCACUCUCUACUCCUCACC